CAGUGGUGUUGAUAAAUAAUAAUAGAUUUGUGCGAAGGAAAAUGCUGUGGCGAACCCACAUUGUUCAAACAUCCUUUAGUGUGACACUCAUGUUGCGAUAACGCGCAACCAAAUUCACAUUGACUCAUCAUUUGUCCACCCAAAAAGUGUUUAAAAAAAUCUUUAAUUGUUCGCAACUCCAACGUGUGGGAGGUGAAAGACAAAAAAAAAUUCGUUGCCAACGCACGGAAAAAAGAAAAUCGGUUAAAGGUGCAAAAAGGAAGUUUAAAAAAAUGGAUUUAUCAGUUUUAGUUUUUAUCUACCUUUUGGCAAUCUGCACAAGUUCGGAAGUUGAGAGUAAGCAUAAGCCAGGACGCGGUCGAGGUUCCAUGUGGUGGGGCAUUGCGAAAGUAGGUGAACCCAACAAUCUAUCACCCCUCAACUCCAAAAUUCUCUACAUGGACCCCGCAAUUCACUCAACGCUACGCAGAAAGCAGAGGCGGCUCGUGAGGGAGAACCCAGGGGUCCUUGGGGCCCUUGUACGUGGUGCAAAUAUGGCCAUAGCCGAGUGCCAGCAUCAGUUUCGACAUCGACGGUGGAAUUGCUCAACACGAAACUUCCUCCGUGGGAAGAAUCUGUUCGGGAAGAUUGUGGAUCGUGGUUGCCGAGAGACGGCCUUCAUCUAUGCCAUCACGAGUGCCGCAGUGACGCAUUCAAUUGCCAAGGCAUGCAGUGAAGGGACAAUUGAGUCCUGCACGUGCGACUACAGCCAUCAGUCCAAGGUGACGGUGUGGGAAUGGGGUGGGUGCUCAGACAACAUUGGAUUUGGCAUCAAAUUUGCAAGGGAAUUUGUCGAUACGGGCGAAAGGGGGAGGAAUUUCCGCGAGAAGAUGAACCUGCACAACAAUGAGGCUGGAAGAGCGCAUGUCCAAGCAGAGAUGCGCAAAGAGUGCAAGUGCCAUGGAAUGUCGGGAUCCUGCACGGUGAAGACGUGCUGGAUGCGUCUUCCCAAUUUCCGCGUAGUCGGAGAUAAUCUCAAGGAUCGCUUUGACGGUGCAUCACGCGUGAUGGUUAGCAAUAGUUUGCGCAGCAGCAACGGCGGCGCCAAUGAGAACGCCAUUAAGGUUCACAGCUCCAGCAAUGCCCUCCAAGUGAGCCACACCUCUGUGGGGCCAAACAGCAUCUCCAGUAACUCCGUCCACGUGCGAGGACACCAGCAGCAGCAGCAACAGCAACAGAAGCGGUACAACAGGUACCACUUCCAGCUUAAACCGUACAAUCCGGAGCACAAACCACCGGGAGUAAUGGAUCUCGUGUACCUGGAGCCUUCGCCUGGCUUCUGCGAACGCAACCCCAGGUUAGGGAUCCAAGGCACGCAUGGGAGGCAGUGCAACGACACCUCCAUUGGGGUUGAUGGGUGCGACCUGAUGUGCUGCGGACGAGGGUAUCGCACGCAGGAGGUCACAGUGGUGGAACGGUGCGCCUGCAUGUUCCACUGGUGCUGUGAGGUCAAGUGCAAACUCUGCCGGAUACAGAAGACCAUCCACACGUGCCUGUAGGCCUAACCCCGCAGCCUCCUCCCCAACCCUCAAGUCACUCGAGAAUGCUUCAGCGCGUGGAGAGUAAGUUUUAUUUUAACACGAAAUCUUGAGCCAAAUGUUCUCUGUUUUUUUUUUUGAUAAAUUAUUUUUUAUUAUUAACUCGCUUAAUUUAUUCUUUUUAUAAAAAUAAAAUAAAAACUAAAAAAAGAAAUCAAAUGUUUGCAAAGUGAAGCAUUUGGUUUGUUUUUUUUUUUUUCAAAAUGAAACAGUAUUAGAGAGAUUUUAUUUCUCUGAGAGCAAAACACAUCCUUCUUGUCCCAGACUCUUGCUUUUACAAUUAAAAAUAAAAAAAAUAAAAAUUGAUUUAAUUGCUGAACUCCCAGUACUAAUUUUUAUUAAUUUGUAGUUUUUUUUUUUAAAUUAGAUGGUAUUGUAGAAAAAAAAUGACGAUUAAAAGACUGAUUUUCCAGUUUAAAUUAUAUUAAAGAAAAAUUGAGAAAAAAAUUUUCUUUCUCUUCCGGAGAGAAAUCAAAAAUUUUAUUUUGAAGUUUUAAGAACAAAAAAAAGUACGAUGUGUAUAUAGGACCUAGUAGUUUCUAAGAUAAACUUAAGAAGAGGUUUAAAAAAAAAUCAAAAAUAAAAUUAUUUGAAAAUAUUUUUCACGUCUGAAAAUUUGUUGUAAUUUAUUAGCAAGAGAAAUUUGAAUUAAUGGAAAAAUUGAAGAGAAAAAAAAUAUUUUUGAGAAUUAAAAUAAAAAGAAAAUAUUACAUUUUAAGACCCAUCCUGUGUAAAUAUUUUAUUUUAAAGUAAUAAUCUCUUAGAUGUGUAAGAAAAGGAAUUUAAUAAGUAGGACAUUUUUUUCAAAUUCAAAAUUUUUUUCAAAGCAUGUAAAGAGAAGAAAAUAAAAUUUUAUCUAAAUGAU